AUGCCACCGGCCCAUCAGCCGUUCCUAUUCGCUCCACCUCCCCAGCCGUCACCUAUACCUCUCCAGGCCCCACAGCCAACUUUGGCCCUGCCGCAGCAGAGAACGCCAACACCGUCUGAGACGGAAGCAGUGCCACGUCGCUCCUUCUUACAUCAAGGUAAUAACCCUAUAAUAACCCCCCUUCUUCUUCGUUUCAAAGCGGUGGACCUGAAAUACAUCAAACAAAUCUACCAUGGGACGUUCGAUGUUAAACACCUCAACAAGCUAUCCAAUAGCUUCAUUAACCGCCUCGCUGGCGGCGAUGAGGAGACCAAGAGACUCAAGGAGCUGCUUCGAUGCUUCGAGGUCUAUAGCCAAAUCAUAUGUUUCUUUGCCCAUAAAACAGUUGCCCUACCCCUUCAAGAAGCCCUAUCGGACUACCGCUGCUACAUUUCUGACCUAUCAACUACCUAUACCUUCCAAUCGGUACGCCAUUUCCACGAGAUCUUCGUUUAUGGUAGGAUUCAGCUUUGUCAAGACGAUGCCCAUGCAUAG